AUGGAAGAGGGCAGUGAGGGACGGAAAUCUCUCCGGCCGUUGGCCUUCGCCUCAGUAGCUUUGGCUACCGUGAGCGUUUUGUCUUGCAUCAUCAGCCUUCCACUCGUCUAUAACCAUGUCCAGUCCAUUCAAUCGUACAUGCAGAAUGAGGUUGACUUCUGUAAGACCCGCUCUAGAGAAAUGUGGCGCGAAAUGGUGACCGUACAGUUCACAUCAACUGGGAAGAUUAACCCUCGUGCUAAGCGAGAAGCCUACGAAGCUCAGCCAGUAGAUGCUGCUCACUCGAAUCCAUCAUCAGCUGGUGGAUCGUGCUGCACCUGCCAGGUCGGUCCUCCUGGACCUCCAGGCCCACCUGGACGAGACGGACGACCUGGUGCUCCUGGAAGACCUGGAAAUCCUGGACCACCAGGCAGAGACGGUUCUCUACUGCCAGGACCGCCACCAAAACCGCCAUGUCAGAAAUGUCCACCUGGUCCACCAGGACCACCAGGACCACCAGGACCGAAAGGCCUCCCUGGACCGCAAGGAGAUCCGGGUACUCCAGGUCACGAUGGAAUUCCUGGCCUUCCCGGACCUCCCGGUCCACCAGGUCCACAGGGACCGCCCGGUAUACCAGGCGAAAAAGGACCACCAGGAGAACCCGGCAAAGUCAUCAACGGUGCACCGCCAGGUCCUCCAGGUCCGCCGGGCCCACCGGGGCCACAAGGACCGCCAGGACCACCAGGAAAGGAUGGCCAAGCAGGAAGACCAGGACCACCUGGACCACCUGGUGAUCCUGGGGAGAAGGGUGCCGAUGGAUUGCCUGGACCUCAUGGACCGCCCGGACCUCGCGGACCGCCAGGACAGCCGGGUUCUUGUGACCAUUGUCCUCCUCCACGAACAGGACCGGGAUAUGGGCGAUUGUAG